ACCUGACCGGGCCGUCAGCUCAUCGGGGGAUGCUUAGCCACGAUGGGAUGUUCUCCGGAGCGAGCGCAUGUCCCGGUCAGCUUUUCUCCCCUCUCCGCCGAUCUUGCGCCGCGUGAACAAAACUUCUUUCCCUCCUGUCCCACGUUAAUCGGCGUCGAGUCGCACGUCGAUGACAACCCGACUCUACAAGAAUUUGACAAUCCAACCACACGGUUAGCCUCAAUUCGCAAGUGAUCUGGAUUGCCGCCGCACACACGGGGAAACCAGCCGUGAGACCAGUCGCCGUCAUGCGGUCGUGCCUGUGGCUCUUGGCCACAUCCGCCCAUUUUGCCAGCGCCGACUGGCCAUUUGGGCAGCUAAUGGGCUUUCCUGGAAGGGAAGCUGCGAUAAUCCUACCGAGGCAAACGGAGGCAUCAACUCACGACGGCGCAAUUGGGUGGUCACCGAGGCCGACUGAUGGGCCUUCGUUGGAGCUAGCGCGGAGGAGACGGGAUGGGGUGAGAUUGAGGAGACAGGACGAUACUACCAACACCUGGGUGGACGAGACGACAUGCGGCUGGGUCGCCGGGGAGGAUUCAUGGCCAUAUACCUGUUCAAAAGGGUACAAAUGCGACACGAACACGGACCAAGUUGUCGCUUGUACCUCGCGUGGCUUAUCCACAAAUCCGUAUUUCACCGUCUGCCUCAACUACGAUGCUUAUCAAGCAGGCGCGUGCGAGGGGAGUAUCGGUCCUAAGACCGGGUGCUGUACGAUCGCCUCUCUGGCCGAGUGCAUUACCUUGCUGUGGCCGGGCUCCACUGUCAAGUCCAUGUUCGGGUGUUUCAGCGAACGGACUGUUUUGACUAUGUUGACUGCCCCCCAGUCUGUUAUCGACGCCACCAGUACGACUGCGACAACAGCUUCUAGCAUCGCCGCCACCAGCACCCAAACGACCAGCGCCGCACCCCCCUCCGGCGGCGGAGGAGGAGGAAGCAGCAACAACACUGGCGCAAUUGUGGGCGGCGUAGUCGGCGGCGUGGGCGGCUUGGCGCUUAUCGCAGGCGCCAUCGCCUUCUUCAUGAUUCGGUCCCGCAAGCGGAAGAACAACGUCGGAUCCGGCACGGCCUACAGCGCUGUCGCCCCGGGCGACACGGCAUACCCCGGCAGCCCCAUGCAACAGUCCGCCGGCCCCCCGGCCCCGUCCGUGUCGCCCCAGACGACCCACACAGGCUACUUCAGCCCACCCAGCACCCUCCAUCCCGACACCGCCCACUCGCCGGGCGCUGGGGCUACAUCCGGCAUGUACGACCCCCGCCAUUCGUACUAUGACCCAUCCAACGUGGGGGAGCAGAACCAGCAGCAGCAACAGUACGGCCACACGCCCCCGCCCCCCGGCCAUGCCGCCUACCCGGCCCCUUAUCCUUCUCCGUCUCCCCAGCAGCAGGUGUCAGAACUGGAUACGUCGGCCGUAGCAACUGGCCAUGAGGCGAACCCCGCUGAGAUGGGCGAUUCGUCGACGCGAAGAUGAACAAAACAGAUCCGCGGACCAUGGAUACACUUUGGAGCGAGGAUUUGGAUGGUGCUUGCAUGGGGGAGAGAAUGUUGAGGAAAUAAUGUCUCCAUCUGACCUGAAGUUUUUAUGAGCCAAU